AUGAACUUAACAGAAAACAAACUGUGCGAUUUGCUGUAUUCGAAGAAUUACAAGUACUAUGAAAAAUAUGAUAACUACGGAAAUAUUGAAAGAAGAUAUGCAUCAUUCCAGAACAAUGGAAAUGUAUGUUAUUGCAAUGCAUCCUUACAAUUGAUCCUAUCUAUCAAACCAUUAUGCAUUUAUCUUUUAAGCAAAUUCGAUAAAAUAUAUGAGAAAACCAAGUCAAAAUAUAAAGGAGACAUUUUAAAAGCAUUAUUUGAUGUAAUUCAAGAAACAUAUAAAGUUGAGAAGACAUAUAUAUGCAUAGAAAAACAUAUUAAUCUUUUAAAGAAAAUGAGGAAAUAUAAUAACAGUAUAGUGAUAAAUGCACAAAAUGAUGCACAUGAAUUUUUAUUAAUGUUACUUAACUAUAUAAAUGUUGAAUGUAAUCGAAAUUUAAAUUUUCCUGAAAAUUUUGAAAUCAUACUAGAUGAUAAAGAUAGUAAAGAAAAAGCAGCAGAAAAAUACUGGGUAAAAUAUCUAUUUAAAGAUAAUAGUAUAAUAACAGAUUUGUUAGGCUUCCAAAAUAUAUCAAGUAUAACAUGUACUAAUUGUGGACACACAAGAUACAGUUUUGAAUUCUGUAUAGAUCUAGGAUUAGAAUUUGAAAGCGAACAUAUGAAAAGUACAUUACUAAUAGAUUUACUAAAAAAUAAUAUUAACAAAAAUGAUGAUUUCUGUUCUUUAUAUUGUACUAUUUGCAAGUCUAAAAAUAACAGCUGUAUAAGAAAAGGCCUAUAUAGAAUGCCCAAUUUAUAUAUGAUUAUUUAUAUCAAACGGUUUAAAUGGAGUUAUGAGUGUACCAAUUAUUUUAAAAGUAGAGUCAAAAAAAUAGAUACAACUGUGCUAUUACCAUGUGAUGGAUUAAUUGAUUUUACAUCCUUUGCACACAUGUCCAAUCACGAAUCCUUAGCCAAUUCUAAAUAUCUCAUCGAAAGUAUUAUCUGUCAUAGUGGAAACAGUUACAAUGGUCACUAUACAGCUAUUGUUAAAUACAGAGAUGGUUUUUACAAAUGUAACGAUGAUAAAAUUAAAAAAUUGAACAAUCCUUUUAACCCAGAAAAUAUUAGUGACAUUUACUUAUUGCUACUUAGGAGAGUUUCCUAA